ACCGUCUUCGACCGUGUCCGUCCAUCCGCGACGAAAUACGCACCACGCGGCGUCCGUCGACGCGCGUUGCCGUUAUCACACAUGAUCGUCAAGCCACAACGCCAGUCGUCGUCUGUGAUCGGUAGCGGAUACUCAACCGUCGAGCGCUCGUCCAACGUUAACACUGAUAACAACAUUCGCCAUAAACAUUUCUAUUUAUACGAUACGCGUCCAGUUUGUUGUCCGGCGGCGUUCAGAAAAUAAGUCUAUUGUCCUAUUCGGCCGCCACCGAUUUCCAGUUUACCAAACAUGACAAUACCAACGUGAAGUGAGUUAGCGCGGUCAACCAAAUUUCUGUUGCUUGGAAAUCAUGAAACACGUAGAACCAUUUUCGUACAGCCCAAACAGGAAGAAACCGCUAGAGAAGAGGUCAUGCACAGAUUGUCUGUGCUUCCUUGGCUUCAUAACGUUCAUAGCCUGUUGGGUCCUGUUGGCGUAUUAUGCUUAUCAAAACGCCGACCAAGAGACGUUGACCUCACCGAUGGAUUCGGCCGGAAGGGUGUGCGGGCACAGUAAAAACGUGACGAACAAACCUUAUCUGUUCUUCUUCGACCUUACAGAAUGUACUUCUCCCAUGAUCUUCGUCCACGGUUGCCAAACACCACAAGUGUGCGUGGAAACGUGUCCGGAGAAAGAUUGGGCCGUGAAGAGCAUAUUGGAAGACCGAACUGGCCGUUACAAUUGGCCGGUGAUACAAAAAGACCUAGUUUGCGUCUCACCUGAUCUCAAUAAAUUAGUCACUUCCAUUGAUACUCUAAAGAACUUCACCGAUUCGAAUCUGUGUGCCAAAUACUAUAUUAAGAGUUCACCAAUUUCAGUAUUCGGGUAUUGUGUUCCUACUCUGACCGACGUCGAAAGUUUAAAAUACUUUACCAACAGUAACAACAUUAUACUGAGCAAUUUGGCGGAAGGCAUCAGCAUGGUACAGUUGGUGAAGGACUCGAAAGAAGGCGCCAAAUUGAUGAUGGACGACAUAGUAAACAGUUACAGGUAUAUUCUGGGCGGCCUCCUAGUGGCCUUGCUAUUCAGUCUGUUCUACAUACUGUUGAUGAGAUGGUUCAGCUGGCUAAUCAUUUGGUUGUCUUUGGUCGCCAUCAUUUGUCUUUUGGGUUUCGGUACAUACGAGUCUUACCUCAAGUACUCUUCGUUUAAAGACACCGAGCCCGAAGACGAACCGGUAAUAGACCCUUCGAGUGACGCGGGAAAGCAAAGCCUUAAGAAUUACAUUAACGAGAAAUUGAAUAAAAAAUCGACUUGGCUGGUUUUCACUUUGGUGUCGGCAUUAGCGUUGGUCAUAAUGUUUCUCAUCGUCAUAUUCUUGCGCAAACGAAUCAGGCUGUCCAUAGCCCUAAUAGUGGAAGGCAGUCGAGCUAUACUAGAGAUAAAGACUUCGCUCAUGUUCCCGUUGGUACAGUGGACGCUGUACAUCGUGGUGUUGAUGUGGUUCCUGGCCGUCGCCUUGUGUUUGUCGUCCAUGAAACUAUACGUGUUCAAAGUGAAAAAUCUCAAUAACGACUACGAUUGCAUUUGCAGAGAUGACUACUACAAGGAAGGCGACUGGUGCACGGAAUCCAAGUGGGAACGGCAUUGCAUGUACAGCCGGACCAACGAGUCUUGCAGAGUGGCCAAAUGCGCUUUUGACCACGCCGUGUCCCAGGAUUUCAUCACGGCGCUGCAGGGGUUUAACGUGUUUGGGAUGUUCUGGCUGAUGAGUUUCGUGUCGGCGUUCAGUCAAAUGGUAUUGGCCAUUACGUUCGCCUCGUGGUACUGGACUUUCCGCAAGAAGGACGUGCCGUUCUUUGCGCUCACCACGUCCGUCUACAAGACGAUCAGGUAUCACCUGGGCACGAUCGCGUUCGGUUCUCUGAUCAUAGCCGUGUGCAACUUCUUGCGGGCCGUUCUCGAAUACGCGGAGACCAAACUGAAAAAGUACGACAAUGCGUUCACGCGAGCCAUUUUCGCGUGCAUGAAAUGCUUCUUUUGGGUGCUCAACAAAUUCCUGAGGUUCAUCAACCGGAACGCGUACAUCAUGUGCGCCAUGCACGGCAACAACUUUUGUAGUUCGGCCAAGCAGGCGUUCGACUUGCUGCUGAGGAACGUCCUGCGAGUGGUGGUGCUCGACAAGGUAACCGACUUCAUAUUUUUCGUCGGCAAGAUUGUCAUAACGGGCGCCACCAUUGCCGCGUUUUACUUCUCGUUCUACGAACCGUUGGAACCCCUCAAACAGUUUGCCGACGUGUUCGACAGACAAUUCACACUCAACUACAAGUGGCUGCCCAUGGUCAUCGUGGCCGUGGGGGCAUGGAUCAUAUCUGCAACGUUCUUCCACGUGUACUCCAUAGCAGUGGACACGUUGUUCUUGUGUUUUUUGGAAGAUUCUGAACGGAACGACGGAUCGUCUGAACGUCCGUACUUUAUGUCACAACGACUAAUGAAUAUUUUGGGUACCAGAAACGCCCAGUCGUUCGCGUUGCAUUAAAGCUGUCGACCGCCAUAACCUCAGUGUCGCCUCUUCCUCUGUGUAAUGUGUUCAUAUCAUUUUAUUGUAACGGAAUUUCCCUAUUUUACAUAAACAUUUUUUUUUUUACUCAUGUUUUUAAAUUAUUAUCACGUUGUAAUAAGCCUACAUUUUUACUACUAUUUGUUGUGAUAAGGAAAAUACGAGCUUUUGUAUGCUUCUAAUUAAUUUUUUAAGGCUGUUUUAUUAUAUACCUAAUAUUGCGGUUAUAUGUAUUAAGUUUAUAUAAACAAUUU